CUUAUGGGUGUGGCCUGGUGAGGGGAAAGAGAGGGAAUGGAGAGGGAAAACAGAGUGAUGUGUGUGCUGCGAAUUCAAAACUGGGUGGGUCUUCUCUGUUUCACAUUCCCAGUAUACUCCCGGGCCGUGCGUCAAAGCGCCUUCAGUCACAAUGUUGGUGCUGGCUGGAAUCAUUGUUGUGCACAUUACCUCCAUCAUCCUGCUUCUGGUGGCCGCCAUCGAUAAUGCCUGGUGGAUCACUGAUUCAGUUUCAACUGAUUUGUGGGGCAGAUGGGAGUUGACAAACUCCGUGUGGCAUUACACCAACCUGAAAAACUACCCAGAGGAAUAUCUCCAGACGGUGCAGGCCACCUCCGUGCUGGCCUGUAUUUUUGCCAUCCUGGCCUUGUUCGUGUUUGUGGCCCAGCUCUUCACCCUGCCCAAAGGCCAGAGGUUCACCUUCACUGGCAUUCUACAGCUCAUCGCCUGCCUGUGUAUAAUGAUAGCAGCCUCCAUCUACACGGCUGAGCUUCACGCCGAUGACACGGUGGGAGGGUACGGACACUCCUAUGUCCUGGCCUGGAUCUCUUUUGUUCUCACCUUUGUCCUAGCAGUUACCUACCUCGUCCUGCGGAAGAAGAGCGAGUGAGAGGACAAGUGGAACGAGGCCAGGGCUGGGUUCACGUUCCUUUGAAAGAUAAAAAUGAGAGGAUGGGAUUUUCUUCAAAAGUUCGUGGGGAGUGGGAGGAAAAACGAUCUACAUCUGCAGCCAGGAAAAAUCUGUGGACUUUUGUGUCUACUUUGAAUCUUAUGAAUGGAAAUAGAACUAAUGUUAACAGUACAUGAAGGGCUGAAGUUUACGUGAACAAUUUGUCCAUAUUUGCUUAAAUUGAGGAGAAGGGAGGGUAGUAUUUGCAUAAACCGUCGGGCAAAAUGAUGGUUGUGAUAAUGAGGAAGAAAUCCAAGUGCUAAUUUUAUACCUUUAUGCCCACAAAAUAACUGCUAUUUCUGCCGUCAUUUUAAGGUAGCGCUAUAUACGUUUGAAGAAGUUAGUCCACACCCAAUAGUUCGACAUCUGGAUAAAUAGACUUACUCGCUUUCUUGGCAGCAAGGAUGAGCAGGCCAGUACUAAACUCCUCACACAAUCUGUGCAUUAAGUAAGAAAGCCAGCAGGUUAGUGUAGCUUUGCCCAAAGACCGAGAACGGAGGGAAAAGCAAGCCUGGCUUUGUCCAAGGAAAACAUAAUCUUCCUACCAACACCUCUAAACGUCAGUUACUAUUUGAGCUUUAACUUACACAAUAUAUCAUGGUUAUAUAAGUGUUUGUGAAAUAACCAUGAUAUAUUGUGUUAGGUUGUGUGCAGGUGCUGGUCAGCAAUUUAAUUUUCUGCAGACAAAGCCGGGCUAGCUCUUACCCCAUCUUCCUCUCUAUGCUAAGGGAUAUGCUUUCCCUUACUGCACAGACCUGACCGUGGUAUCAAUUCUCUCAUUUAACACUCGAUAAGAAAGCAAAGAAGUGCAUGUCCAAACUUGUCAACCUACUGCUUUUGGAGUCUAAACAAAGUUACUGGUGUGGGAAGGGUAAUUCCCUAAUUUAAAAAGAACAAACAACCUUUGAGAUCUUGCAGUUGAACAUAUUCUGUGAGAUCGAGUACUGAUUGUCCUGUAUAAUCACAUUGGGAGGCUGACCGCUUCUACUGCAGGUUUCCAGAUUCAAGGAAUGAAAAAAAAUAAUUACAAAAUACUGUAUCUGAGAAGGUCCAGCAUGUCGGCAAAACUACAACAUUCCUUUUGCCGAACUUGAACAAUCAGGAGAGACGAGCCUUAAUUCACAGUAGUUUUAAUCAUGUAUAAUUAUUUUACGACUGAAGUAGUGUAUCCUUUUUUUUUCAUCUAUGUACAUUGUAACCAGUAUAUUUUUGUAACAUUUUCUAUGGAGUGUUUUUUUCUUUUCAAGUCAUGUUUGAUUUUGUGUCUGUAGUUGGCUGCUAUCCGAAGAAAAGUACAUGUAAUUUGUACAAGUGAACAUUAAGUGAACCAGGGAUGGGGGACAAUGGUGUUUCAUUUCACCAUGUUACAGAACUAUACAAUAGAAGGUUUUGUUUGUAAUUACAUUGGAAUAAAAGCCAUAUCAUUUAUUAAUAAAACAAUAAAUAACU